GAUGCUCCGCUCUACCAAGGGCGCCUCCAAGGCGCGGAGGGAUCAGAUCAACGCCGAGAUCCGAGCCCUUCGGGACCUCCUGCCGCUGCCCGAAGGAGACCGACCUCGUCUCUCCUACCUUCACGUCAUGGCCCUCGCCUGCAUCUACACCCGCAAGGGCGCCUGCCUUCGUCCCGGCCCAACGCGGGGAGCACCCAUGGAGCUGCUGGGGGGGCCGGAGCUGGCUGACCUGAUGGCCUCACUGCCCGGGUUCCUGCUGGCCGUCACCCGCGAGGGGAAGCUGGUUGGCGUCACCGACAACGUCGCACAGCACCUCGGGCACUCCAUGGUGGACCUGGUGGCACAGGGUGACAGCAUCUACGACCUCCUGGAUCCGGCCGACCAUCCCCUGGUUCGCCAUCAGCUCAACCUGCCCGGGUCACCCCAGGCAGAACGCCUCUUCCGCUGCCGCUUCACCACCUCGCGGGCCUCGCGCCGUCCCAGCGCGGGGCGGAAGCUGGUGCUGCUGCGGGGCCGGUUCCAGGCACCCCCUGGUCCUCCUGGGGCCAUGCCAGGGCUUUUUGUCGCCUUCUGCGCCCCCUUGGACCCUCCACCUUGGCCCUGCCCCGACUGCCUCCUCCUGCCCGCCUUCCAGAGCCGCCACGCCCGAGACCUCGCCCUGCUCGACAUCUCUGACAGUGUCCUGAUCCACCUGGGCUACGGGCGUGGGGAGCUUCUGGGUCGCUCCUGGUAUCGGCUCCUACACCCUGAGGACCUCGGCCAUGUCGCCCGCCAGCACCUCCGCCUCGCUGGAGCAGGAGCAGAGGCACGGGGAGAGCUGGUGACGCGGCUUCAACGCAAGGAUGGCCUGGGCUGGACAUGGGUCUACACCCGACUGCGUCCUGAGGGCCCAGCCCUGCUCGCCCACAACUUCAUCAUCAGUGAGGCUGAAGCUUGGUGUCUGAGGCAGCAGUUGGCGGCCGAAGCCCCUCCAGGCCCCUCUGAAGCCUUCAGCCCCAGCCUUGACUUCGCCAGUGCCAGCGUUGGACCUAGUGGAGACCUUGGUGUCAGCACUGGCCCCAGUGUUGGCCUCAACGUUGAUCCUGGUGUUGGAUCCGCUGUUGACCUUGGUGUUGGAUCUGGGCUUGGAGAUGAUGUUGGAGCUAACGUUGGCAUCAACGUUGACCUUGGCCUUGGGGUCAAUGUUGACCCUGGUCUUGGAGCUGGUGUUGGACCUGGUCUUGGAGCUGCCAUCGGACAUAGUCUUGGAGGCAACAUUGGGACCAGCGUUGACCCUGGUCUUGGAGCUGCCAUCGGACAUAGUCUUGGAGGCAACAUUGGGGCCAGCGUUGACCCUGGUCUUGGAGCUGGUGUCGGAGUGAAUGUCGGACGUGGACUUGGAGAUGGUGUUGGACACGGUCUCAGCACUGAUGUCGGUGCUGGAGUUGGCAUUGGCAUGGGACCUGGCAUCAGAGUUGAUGUUGGCCUUGGUGUGCCCGCUGGCACCAGCGCCAACGUUGGCUCCAACCUUGGGUCUGAUAUUGGAGCUGCUCUCGGAGCUGGCACGGGAGAUGACAUUGGAGCUGGUCUCCAAACCAGUGGUGGAGCAGACAUUGGCCCCAGUCUCGGAGCUGGUGUCGCACUCAGUGUUGGGGCCAACAUUGGACCUGGUCUUGGUGGUGGCAUCAGAGCCAGCGUUGGACUCGGCAUUGGGGCUGUGGGCUCCACUCUUCCAUCGGAUGUCGGCGCUGGCGUUGGACUCACCGUUGGAGCCAAUAUUGGCGCUGGAGUUGGCGCUGGUGUUGGACUUGGCCUUGGAGCCAACAUUGGAGCCAAUGUUGGCUCCAGUCUUGGAUCCACUGUUGGACUUGGCCUUGGAGCUGCCCUUGGAGCCAAUGUUGGCUCUGCUCUUUCAUCUGGUGUUGGACCUGGUGUUGGACUCGCCGUUGGAGCUGCCGUUGGUGCCAACGUUGGCUCCAGUGUUGGAUCUGGUGUUGGACUUGCCGUUGGAGCCGGCAUUGGAGCCAACGUUGGCUCUUCUCUUGGAUCCGGUGUUGGACUUGCCAUUGGAGCUGGCGUUGGAGCUAACGUUGGUGCUGCUCUUGGAUCUGAUGUUGACAUUGGCAUUGGACUUGGUGUUGGAGCCAACGCUGGCACCGCUCUUGCAUCUGACGUAGGAUCUGGUGUUGGACUUGGCAUUGGAGCUGCUGUUGGAGCCAACAUUGGUGCCAGCGUUGGCUCUGGUCUUGGAUCCAGUGUUGGUCUUGGCCUCAGAGCCAACGUUACCUCCAACAUUGGCUCUGCUCCUGGAGCUGAUGUUGGCACCAGCAUUGGACUUGCAGUCGGAACCGGCGCUGGAGCUACCGGUGGCUCCAGUCUUGGCUCUGCCCUUGGAUUUGCCGUUGGAGCUGCUCUUGGAGCCAACGUUGGCUCUGGACUUAGUCCUGAUGUUGGCACCACCGUGGGACUCAGCCUUGGAGCCAACGUUGAUUCUGCUCUUGGAACCGGCGUUGACACCAGCAUUGGACUCGGUGUUGGAUCUAGCGUUGGCUCCGGUGUUGGACUUGGUGCUGGAGCUACUGUUGGAGCCAACGCUGGUUCUACUCUUGGAUCCAACCUUGGCCUCAGCCUUGGCGCCAGCGUUGACCCCACCCUUGGCCCCGGCAUUGGCCUUGGUGUCGGAGCUGCUGUUGGAGCCAAUGUCACCACCACCCUUGGCCCCGGACUUGGCCUUGGAGCCAACCUCGCCACCAGUGCCAGCUCCAACUUGGGACCCACCCUCGGUGCUGCCCUUGGAGUUUCUGGAGGAGCCAACGCUGGCGUCGGCUUGGCCACAGGCGUCCGUCUCGUGCCGGGUUUGAGUGUCCCCGAUCUGCCAGGUGGAACUACCGAGACCUGGACGCCCCCGUACACCCCUCGUCAAGCCCCACCCUUUGCCUUUGGGCCCCCCGAAAUCCCCGAAGCAGCACCUGAAAAGUUACCGCCGAGUCCUGAGAGCCCUAGCGCAAUGCCGGGUGGGACCCCCGGCUCCAUCCUCACCCCUGAGACGUCACCACCGCCAUCUCUACCGGCCCCACCUGGCCCCGCCUUACGUCGUCUUCUCCAGGGAUUGGCCGCCGCUGCCGGCGUCAAUCGGGGGGGAGGCAGGCGGUCGGGGGGGACCUCCAGCCCCCGCCUGCCACCCCCACCCCGGUCGCCCCGCGACCCCUUCGCUGAGUUGUAUCAACUCCCCCAGAGCCGCCUCCAGGACGCCUUCCGCCAAGCCGGAAGCCAGCGCGCCCCGUCGUUCUGAACUAAGUCUGUGACGCGACUUGCCCCCAGUAUGGCAUAUUGUCAUUGUCACCCCGGCCCGGUGCCACCGUCCCCCCGGCCCCGGCCGUGUCCCCCAGCCCCCACUGCCCCCCCCCGGGGCCUUUCGUGCUAAUUUAACUCGUAACGAGUCUCUAAGGUAAUUGGGGGGGGGCUGGUGGCCCCCCCCUCCCCAAGCCCGGACACCUGGGUCCUGUCCCCUUGUGUCCCUGUCCCCACCCUCCCCACUCCAGGACCUGUUCCCAGAUCUUGGGGGGGGCCUUGGAUCUAGCCCCCCCCCCCCAAGUGUCCCCAUCUCUUGUCACCCACCUUGUCCCUGUCACCCGGCCUGUCCUUGUCCCCCCCAUCCUCGGGGUCUGCGUUUUUGGCAGAGUCCCCUCCAAGAAGUGUCCCCUCCCCCCCAUGGGUGUCAUCCCCAAUGUCCCCAACCCAAGGGACCGAGGCACAAUGUGGCUUGAUGUCCCUGAUGUCCCCAAUGUCCCCAACCCAAGGGAUGGAGAUAGACCAUGGCCCAAUGUCCUCAAUGUCUCCAACUCAAGGGAUGGAGAUGUGCCAUGGCCUGAUGUCCCCAACCUGAGGGAUGGAGACACGUCAUGGCCCAGUGUCCCCAACCUAAGGGAUGUCACUGGGCUGGGACGGGUCAUGGCUUGAUCUCCCCCAUGUCCCCAGUUCCCCCAGGAGACUGUGAGAUGUCAUGUCCCUGGUGUCCCAAAUGUCCUCAGCGUGAGGGACAGUGUCCCUGUCAUCCCCAGUGCUCCUGACAUCCCCGAUGUCCCCAAAGUCCCCCACUGAACAAAUCGAGACACGUCGCAGCGCGAUGUCACCAAGCCCGUGGGACUGAGACUCAUCACAACUCGAUGUCCCCAGUGUCCCUGAGGGACACGGGCACCUCGUCACCACCGUGACCCAAGGGACUGAGACCCAGCAUGGCUCAACGUCCCCAGAGUGUCCCCGAAGGAUGUGGACACCACCUGAACAGACUGAGACUUGUCACAGCCCGAUGUCCCCAAGGGACAUGGGCACCUCGUCAUUGCGUCGGCUGGAGGGACUGUGACACAUUUGGCUUGAUGUCCCCAGUGUCCCCAAGGGAUGUGGGACCUUGUCAUCAUCCUGGACCAACAGAGUGAGACACAUUGUGGUCUGAUGUCCCCAACUCAAAGGACUGAGAUCUGUUGUGACCCAAAUGUUCCCACUGUCUCCGAUGUCCCCGAAGGUUGUGGGACAUCUUCAUCGUCCUGGAUCAAUGGAUGGAGUUCCACCACAGCCCGAUAUCCCCAACGUUUCUGAUGGCCUUGAAGGAGGUGGGACACCAUCAUCACCCCAGCUCAAUGGAGCGAGACCACCAUGGCCUGAUGACCCAAGCGUCUCCAAUGUCCCCAAAGGACGUGGGACAUCGUCACUGCUUCAGCUCAAGGGACUGAGACCCGACACAACCUGAUGUCCCGCCAUGAGGGACUGGACUCUGUUGUCCCCAAUGUCCCCCAUGGCCCCACCAGAGGGACCGAGGCCCAUGGUGGCCCAUCAGCACCGGUGUCCCCGAUGUCCUCAAUGUCCCCUGGAGGUGCCGCUGUCACCAGCCCCGCGGCCUUGACACCCCCCGGCAAUAAAGCGGCCUCUGUUGUC